AUGGGGAAACCGGCGAAAGGGACGGCGAAGGGCAGGAGUCGGAGCAAGGGCCACCUCCACCUCCUACAGGAAGAGCAGUUGGUCGUCCAGUCUGCUUACGAGGAAGAGCAUCGUCGCCGCUGCGAGUCACUAUCUGAUUCUCCGGUGACGGCACAACCGGAGGCUACCUGCUCCACCGGUGAUGGCACCAUCUCGGGAGCUUCCAAUCAGGGCGCCUUGGAAGAAGCAGAGGUACUGCGUAGCUCUGAAUUUCCCCCGAUUGAUCGGAUCAGUGUGGAUGGUGAGGGACGGGAGGGGGAAGCCGCAGAGUGUGGCCGCAGGGAUCACGUUAUAAUGUCACCUGAAGUUGACUCUGAGCCCCGGGGGCAGCCGGAGGAGGACGCUGUUGCCGAUGAGCAGAGCGCGGAGAAUAGCGAUCAGGAAAAGGUAUCGGAAUCCGCCGGGGAUUUUUCAUCGGAACCUGGAUCGACAGGUGCACGCUUGCAGGAAGUUGAGUCAGCAGACUGUUUUGAGAGGGAUCUGAAAGAAGCCCGCGGCAGGCUGGAGGAGCUCAGCUUGCUGGGGGAGGAGCCCAUAUUGUCCGAUGAGCAGAAGCUGUACAACGACCAACUUCAGGAGGACGAGGUAUCUACCUUUACCUGGCCCAAUUUUGGCGUAGGCUGGGCUUUUCUUGAGAAGACUUUUCUUCCCUGGAUAUCUUCUGAUAGAACUUGAUUGUAUGGCUCAAUUUGCUUCAGACGUGACUUAGUUCUUUUCCUGUGACUGUUCUUCAGGUGACGGCAUUGGAGGCCAUUUAUGGGGAGAGCUUGUUCGACUAUAAGAGGGAAAAGGGCCUGCGAUGGUUACAGGUUUAAAUCUGAUCAAGUUCGUCCUAGUGUCCUAUCCAGAGCGGGAAAGACAAUUGAAUCUGUGCCCUUCAUAAACUGCAGAUCAAAGUGCACAACGAAUUUCCUUCUGAUUUUAGUGUUUCUGCAACAUUUGGCUCGUCCAGUGAGAAGUUGAAACGCAAACAAGCUGAGAAUGAUGAUCCAGAUGAGCUCACCUACACAUUUAAUGUUCGGUUUCUACCCCCAAUUGUAUUGUCUUGUUUGCUGCCGCAAUCAUAUCCAAGCCAUUGUUCUCCUUAUUUCAUGAUCCAUGUCAAAUGGCUGGACUCCAUGAGAAUUUCCGGUCUCUGUCGCAUGCUGGACUCCAUCUGGAUGGGGCUGCGGGGGCAAGAAGUUAUAUUCCAAUGGGCAGAAUGGUUGCAUACUUCUUCUCUAUCUUAUCUGGGAUUUCAUCAUGGCAUAUUGCUGGAUGCCUGCAGUGCAGAUGGCGAGAGGGACAUGAGAGCGAUAUCAAGAUGCAUUUCUCUCGAUACCCUGGUGCCUUCUAUGAUGAGCUACAACGAGGAGAAAAUUCUAGAGGCCUUCAUGAGCGAUCUACAUGCUUGCCCAAUCUGUUUCAGUGAGUAUGCAGGUAUGUAUCUUUGUACCAAAGAUGCUACUUUAUGGCUUUCAAUCACUAUAGUCCUAGACUUUGUUUUUCUUUUUUUUUCUUUCAACACUGUGAGCAUUGGUUUUCUGUAGUGGAUUCAACAUGUAAUCCUUGAACAGUGCCCAUCUGAAGCAUUCUAUUGCAUAUCACAUGUAAGAUAGGGCGAAAUUUUUUCACCUAUUAAUCCGUGAUAUCCAUGAUGUAAUUCAAGUAUAGAAUACAAUAGCAUUUUCUGUGAUACAAAGUUAAAAAUUUUCGUAGUGAAACUUAGUUCAUCAGCCAAAUCAGUCUCAUUGUCGCAAUCAAGAAAGGCCCUUCCGAUCCAAAUUCAUGCAAAUGUUUGGCUGAUCGUCAUGCUUGAUACUGACGUAUGAGAGAAGUUAAUGAGCGCAUAUUGGCUGCUAUUGAUUUAAAACGAGGAGCGGUGUAGUCCUGUUGAUGUGACUUUCAUUUUUAAUUGAUGAUGAAAAACUGGGAAACAAGCUUGUCUUUUAGAGAUUGUGGAUGCUCUUAAUAUAAUUAAAAUAAAUCCAAGUAACUGUUAAAAAAAAUAAAAUAGGGGCCUUUAAAUCGGAUCUUGAACGCCUUGAUGCCAAGUAAUGUAAGUCGUUUGAUGUGAUCUUCAAAUGUAUAUUUUCUUUUUGGCGAUAUGUUAACAAAAAGAAACAAAACUUGACGAACCACCACAAAGCUUGCGCACCAGACAGAUGCUGCUAUGUCCACUAAGAAGUUCAGUGAAUGAGGAGCAGGCACCAAGUCCAGAGCCUGCGUUUGUUGUGUGCACGCCAUUCGAAAACUUGCUGUGGAGGGUUUUCCUUUUGGCAUGAGGUGUAUGAGAACUUCGUUCUUGAAUGAAAUGAAUGAGAAGACUUUUAUCAAAUCAUCUUUAUAAAUCAAAGCCCCACACGCAAUUUCUCCCAGACUUGCACGACUUUCAUUGGCAAGAAGUCAAGUGCAGAAGUGAAGCCAGCCUUUUUGUCUUGGUAAUGUGUAUGCUUCAUCAUCUCUGAGCGCCUUGCUGAUCCUUGAUUUUAUCUGACGUGUCAGGUAAGGAGCUCGUCAGACUGCCAUGCCAGCAUUUCUUUUGCUGGAAAUGCAUGGAGACAUAUUCUAGCAUCCACGUGGACGAAGGCACGGUGUCCAAAUUGCUAUGUCCCAAUCCCAAAUGUGGUGAUCUUGUUCCACCUGGGUUACUAAGGCAGUUGCUUACAAGUGAAGAAUAUGAACGCUGGGAAUCAUUAAUGUUGCAGAAGACACUUGACUCAAUGUCUGACGUGGUUUAUUGUCCAAGAUGUGGAACUGCCUGCUUGGAGGACGAGGAUGAUCAUGCUCAGUGCACAAAAUGCUACUUCAGCUUCUGCAGUCUUUGCAGGGAGCGUCGACAUGUGGGAAAGCAGUGCAUGUCAUCAGAGGACAAGCUUCUCAUUCUGCAGGUUCAAACUUUCAUAUUUUCCGUACGCUUUGAGAAUAAACAGUGAUUAUGAGAUUCAUUUCAUUUCACUACUUUCUCUCUGUCAAAAGAUGGUAGUUUAUUUCGUGCCCUGUAUCUCUGUCAGUGAUUAUCUGUUUAUGGUUAGUCGAGACAUUUCAAACCCCUGUUUCAGAAUUCUGACUGUUGAACGGGGUAGAUUCAACGCCAUUAGAUGGCAUCACCUUACCAAUUGUGGAUGGAAUAAGGAGGCAAGGGUGUUCUUGAACAUCUGGAUUCCACGUUAUAUAUCCCAGUUGGAUCCAAAAGACGCUGCUUUGCUGGUAGAUGGUGCUUCUUCAAGGGUAAGGAAAUAAAGGAAUAUGGUCAGGGAGAAGAGGAUCAAGUUAUUGAGCUCUCUACAAAUCUUAGUUGGGCGAGUCCAAGGUAGAUGGAUGAUCUAGGUUCCACCGUGUUUUAAAUGGUUGAAAUCUUCAGAACAUGACAAAGUGGCAUCCGGGAAUUCUCACCUUUUCUUUUUUUUCUUUGGUUCUAGAUGUCAAUGAGGGAAAGCAUCGAGAAUCAGAGAAAUCAUGUCCCAAGAUAAUGCAAAUGUCAGGUUCCUCUGUAGUGAUCUGGGGAAACUCUUUGAGCCUCUUGCCAGCGAUUUGAGUCUGAAAUAUAAUGAGGUUUAAAGAUUUAACCGAUUAAAUCUAGAACCAACAUUGAAUAUUGUGAAUUUUCUGGCAAAUUUUAGUACAAACAAGCAAUCCAUGUCGGUCUGUAAUCAUUUUGCUCAGAAAAUCUUCUUGUGUCAACAUCUGAAGCGAAAUUCAUAGUUUUCUUGCUCUUCUUUUUUUUUCAAGGAAGUCCACAUCCAUUAGACAAAACCCAAAACGUCAAAGAUGCAAUUCAGAAAAGCAGAAGAACAGAAGAAGAACCAUGCAACAGGAGCUUCCCUAGGAUCGCGAUAACUUCUGACCCAGCCCCGAGCAAACUCCCUGCCCUAAUAAGUUCUUGAUCCUAACCAACACAACUGGUUCGACUCUUGUCAUGAUGUUGAAGGAAAUCUUUCUGGACGAUCCGGCGGCACUUGAUCUAGUUUCUGAUACCUGUUUUUCUUUCAUAUAGAUCAUCCCACCUCCUGGAUGUUGGGAUUGCCGACAAUAUUCCUCCUUCAUUUGAAUCAAUGUUCUUCGCUGUCUGUUCAAAAGAGUUGAAAUAUUUUCCGGAUACUAAGAAAUUAAAUAGUAAAAAUAAUUAUUAUUGUCCUGCAGGAGCGGCAGAAGUUCUCUAAUCUGAAGGAAGACCAGAGACGAAAGGAAGCUAAUCUGAUCAAUGAGAUCCUGAGCGUCAGACAGAUAUUAAAGGAUUCUAAGCAAUGCCCAUCAUGCAAAAUUGCCGUCCAGCGUACUGAAGGCUGCAACAAAAUGACCUGCGGAAACUGCGGGAUUUUCUUCUGCUUUCGUUGCAACAAGAUAAUUAAAGGAUACGAGCACUACAGGUGACCCAUUUCGCCUGUGAUUCUUCAUCAUUUUCUCACUUCUCCUUCUGUGAAGGAAACUGAUGCUUUUAUCGUAGAAAAAAAUGUGUGUUAUUUGAAGCUGAGUUGAUUCAGAACUGGGAGAGGGACAUGAACUUCCACCGACUCGAGGCUCAGGCUCAGGCUCGACAUGGGUUGCAACCUAAUCAUGCCCAUCCGUGUCCCAACUGUGGUCAAGUCAACGCCAAGGUGAGUUGAGGAUCAAGUUCAUUCCCUGCUAUCCUUCUUCGUUAUUGGUUUAUAUAUAUACAAAAAUAAAUUUUAAUUUUCUUUGUACACGUUUUUUUUCCCUGCCUCUCUAUCAUGAUCAGCUGUGGUUUGAAACCUUCAUACAUGACACUGAUAGUUCCGAUGGGCCAUUGUGGAUUCAAUCCCCAAAUGCCCAUCGGAAUGAACGUUGACUUUUUCCUUUUUAAUAAAUCGGGAUGAUCCAUCUGUUCUUGGUUUAUAACUCUUGGUUUUGAGUUUUUAUUUUAUUUUAAAAAUGGUCUGUGAAAAAUCGGUAGUGGAUUCCAAGCCCAGAUAGCCGCUGGAAUUUAUUUAUUUAUUUAUUUAUUUUUCAACAAGUCAACAGGAUCUUAUCUGUUCUUAGUUUUUAUUUUGUGACUCAUGGCUUGAAAAUUAUUUUAUUAAACUCUGUGAUUUAUCCUCUUUUAAAAAAUAUAUUUUCUUAACGAAUCAGCAUUAUCUAUCUAUUUCUGAUCCUAUAACUCGUGGUUUGGGGGGGGGGAAAAAAAAAAAACCUUAACCAGGUUGAGAACAACAACCACAUCAUGUGCUGGUCUUGCCAGCAGCACUACUGCGCCCUCUGCCGGAAGGUUGUGAAGAACAGCAGGGAGCAUUACGGGGCCAAGCGCUGCAGACAGCACACCGUUGACUCCUGA